CCCCUUAAAACAGCUCCUUGGAACCACCUUUUACUGGCUUCAACCUCCCCUGUCAUCUGAGAAACUCUUCAGCAGCUUAUCUUGGUACGUGUGUUUAUCCAAAGCAGCCUGGCAAAUGCUGUGAAUGACUUGGAUUAUCUGAGCUCCCUUUAAAAAAAAAAAAAAAACGUUGGUAUCUGCUUUUUUGAGGGCUGAUCGCAUGCGGUGAAAACUGAAAAGGGUGUUGUAGUUUGGAUCAUCUGAAGUUUUCCUCUGGAACCUGACACUUGCAUGCCAUGGAUCAUACACUUUUUGGCUGCCUGCGCAGCCCCCAUGCCCCUGCACAGGGCUUGCACCCGGCUUUCUCGCAGUCGUCUCUUGCCCUCCAUGGAAGAUCAGACCAUGUGUCCUACCCGGAUCUGUCCACCUCCUCGCCGACCUGUAUUAUAGCUGGAUAUUCCAAUGACGAGGGCCUGUUUGCAGGUCAGCAUCACAGAGGGCAUCACCAGCAACACCACCAGCAGCAGCAGCACCACCAGGCUUUACAGCCUAACUGGAACAUUCCUCAGAUGCCCUCUCACUCAACUGCCACCAGACAUAGCCUCUGCCUUCAGCCCCCAGACUCAGGAUCUCCUGAUUUGGGAACCAGACCCCCGAACCUGUGUGCCAGCACACCAAGCCUGAGUACCAGCACCCCAACAGGGGCAUCUUGUGUACCAGGGGACUUUGGCAGACAGGCUCUGUCCCCAGCAGAGGCAGAGAAAAGGACUGGCAAAAGGAAAAGUGAUAGCUCAGACUCCCAAGAUGGGAACUACAAGUCAGAUGUGAGCGGCAAACCCAGGAAAGAGAGGACAGCUUUUACCAAGGAACAGAUCAGAGAGCUUGAAGCGGAAUUCGCCCAUCACAAUUACUUGACAAGGCUGAGAAGAUACGAAAUAGCUGUGAAUCUAGAUCUCACUGAAAGACAGGUAAAGGUUUGGUUUCAGAACCGGAGAAUGAAGUGGAAGCGAGUGAAAGGAGGCCAGCAAGGAGUUGUGUCUCGAGAGAAAGAACUUGUGAAUGUGAAAAAGGGAAGGCUGCUUCCGUCUGAGUUCUCAGGGAUGGCAGGGCUCCACCAUUCAGCAGAUUCCUUAGCAAACGAGGAUAGUCAUGACAGUGAUCACAGCUCCGAGCAUGCGCACUUAUGACGCACCACAGAAACCAACGUCCAUACUCAGGAAAGACGUGAAAUGAAGGAAACGCAUCUGUAAAAAAUAAUGGAAAAAAAGCAGGCCUGUAAAGUCUGUUUUGCUUAUAUUAGAAACCUGGGAAAAGUGCCUUAAAAUUGCAGAAUCUGAAGAGGCCAAUGGCUUUUGAACAUUCCAUAUUUUGUUCUAUUCAGUGACAAUGGGCAGGUUUAUGCUUUGGCUUGCACUGUUUAAAACAUGCCUUUAUCAUUUACGACUGUGUGACAGUUAUGUAAUAAUAAAAAAGGUGCAGCAAAAACUUGUUCAGCUAAAACUACAAAUAUAAUGAUUAUGUAAAUAAGUAUCACUGUUUUAUUAUCUUCACUCUAACAAUCAUUUCCUAUUUGCAGUAUAACAAUCCAUAAAGUAAUAAAAAAAUGCUAGUUGCUAAUGUUGCUAAUCUGAUUGUUUUUUGUUUGUUUUUCCUGAAAAAAGAAAAAAAACAUUUAAGGUAUUUUCUUCCGAUCAUAAUUAGGUGGUGAUAGACAUUUCUUUUUAUUUGUGCUGACGAAGAUGGACACACUCGUCUUCUGAAACGUGUGCCGUCAGCCGUCUGCUUCUUUUCACUCUGCAGGCCCGCCAUGCAGCCACCUCACAGCUACAGCGUCGGAGGACCACACAGCUCUGGGCAGCUUACAGGCAAGCCUGCAGGUGCCUGGCCAGUCUACAGGGUUGCUGGUGUACAGUGAGCUGAGGACACCAUGGCCAACCUAAGCCCUUCCCACCCAGGCGGUGGUCGGCCAAUUGUGUGCCGCCCCCUGGGAACUCCCAUCCACGGUCGGCAGUGGAAUAGCAUGGACUUGACUCCAUGCAGAGUGCCUUUACUAGAUGUGCCACUCUAGAGUCCCUGUGUUAGACAUUUCUGAAUACUGUGAUUGCAGACUACAAAAUACUAUAAUUGAACCUUAGGUUAUAGGGUUAAGUUUGUGAUUAAAACCUUGUUUUAUUUAUGGAGGAGUUCUGUUCAUACAAUAUACAUGAAAUACAUUUUUAGAAAUAUUACCAGAGGCGGCAGACUAGGGAGGACCAGGAGCUGCUGCAAUCUGAAUUGAUGCUAUAAAUGGAAACUCCCCAUCCUGCAGAGUAGGGAAUAUACAGGGCGCUGCACGUUCAAAAAAACAAAUAAAUAAAUAAAAAAUAUGUAUAAUAUAACACCAAGAUACCCCCACACCCAAUAAACAUGGAAUGAUGCAAAGACUUAAACAACACAAUCACGUUUUCCAUGCUUAUACAGUUACAUACUUUAUUAACCAGAGUUGCAUACAAUGCUUUCCUAUACAGUACAUACCAGACUUUCAAUGCUUCUCUAUGUUUUCACUUUGAAUUCAUUUUGCUUUUACCAUGGCAUACCAUAAGAACCGUACAGUAUUUAAUACAAGUCCUUCUUAUAUCUUAUAAAAUGGAGCCUCAUCAUUUUGCCAACCAUUUUUAAAAUCGCAUUUGCCACCUCAUCCCUGGUAGCCUGCAUGAGAUGUCAUCAACUGAAUUGCACAAAUAAAAUGACUUGGUUGUUGUAUAACAAUAAUACACCCACAUCAAGACAGUUGGGGCAUAAAAGGCUCGCUGCUUACUGACUAAAACAUGUUUAGAAAUGCCAGUGAAAUCCCUUUGUUUAGGGUAUUUGUGAUGAGUCAAAGGGGUUUCGGUCUGUAAUUCAGCCUCCCGACAGUAGAAGGCAUCAAACCAACUCGGGACUUCCCUUACCAAGGUCUCGUGACCAUGACGAAAGUCAUCUUUAUGAGGGGCGGCACCUUGGUGAGGGGAGGAAGUACGAGUAUGUAAAUUUCCAGCCACUGGAGUCAAGUGAGUUAUAAGGACACUUGUCAGUUGGGGAUUGGUGUUCCACUGACUACAGGGGCGGGGCGUUGCAUACUAAAGGGAACGUACUACUGUGUUUGGGGUGGGUCCUGAAAAGCAUAGACGGGGUGAAUAGGCUGGAGGGAGAGAGGAAGCAUUGGCUUGUGUUGGUUUCAUUUUUGCUAUCACGGGGCGGAAUACACAUUUACGUUUUCUUUUCUGUUUUAUCCCUUUUUAUGUCCGGGGAUAUUUGUGAAGAGGACUAAGGAGUUUCCGAACCCUUCUUUUUAUCAUUAUUCCAGCACCCCCUCUCUCAUACCAUUUUUCUUUUGUUUUGUUUUAUUUUAUCGUGUAACAAAUAAUAUUAAUAAAACAAAUUUUAUUUUGGUGGCA